UUCCCAAGGAUGUAUCAUCGCCUAUCGUAUCGAGCUUUGCGCGCCUCGCAGAGGGUGGUAUCGCCGAUAACAAGAGUGCCCAAGACAAGAAGGGCUUUUGCGACGGCACAGCAGGACCCGCCAAACGCAUCUGCUCCCAAGUCGAACAAUCAAAACUUGAUUAUAGCUGCGGUUAUAGCAGCAUGUCUGGGCGGUUACUGGUAUUACAGCCAUCCCAAUGAGGUCGCCAACUUGGAAGCGAAAGCGAAACAAGACGACGAGGAGGUGAAGAGAAAGGCGGGGGAGCUUGGCCAUGCUACCGCAGCUCGCACAGAAGACGCAAGCAGGCAGACACAGGCGUCUCUCGACUCGACAGUCCAGGCGGCAGAAGCUAAAGCUCGCAAAGCUUCCGGAGAUGCUCAGGCGAAGUACGAAUCAUACAAGUCUUCAGCACAAAAGUCCCUUUCAGAUGCUCGCGGCUCGACUGAGAAUUUGUAUAAUGAAGCACGCGCUGCCGGUGAGAAGAAGUAUGAUGAAGCGAAGGCCGCCGUGGAGAAGAAGAAGGACGAGACGAAAGCUGGUUGGGCCAGCUGGCUGGGAUGGGGCAAGAGUAAAUCUGAGGAAGUGAAGAAGGAAGUAAAAGAUGCAGUUGAUAAGCACACAUGAUCUUUUUACGCAAGAUUAAAGUCAGAAGAAAGGAACUCGUGUAUGAUUAGUGUAUGUUCACGGUACAUAUUUUAUGGGUUGCCAUAUCGAUAAAAGUCCUAACGCACUUCAA